AUGGCUUCAAAAUCAGGAGUUUUCAUCGUGGGCGCAAAACGGACAGCUUUCGGGACGUUUGGUGGAAAACUGAAGAAUACAUCAUCAACGGAUCUAGGAGUCAUAGCUAGUGUCGCAGCUUUAAAACACGCCAAUGUCAAGCCUGAGGACAUCGACCAUGUCAUAUUCGGAAAUGUUGUACCGAGUGCCAAAGAUGGAAUUUACCUCUCUCGUCACAUUGGCCUUAGAAGCGGUGUUCCACAAGAAGUUGGUGCCCUUACCGUAAAUCGACUAUGUGGAUCUGGCUUUCAAGCUCUUGUCAAUGCUGCUCAGCAAAUCAAGCUUGGCGAAUCAAAACUUGUUCUUGCUGGAGGUACAGAGAAUAUGACACAAGUCCCAUUUGCAGUACGAAAUAUACGGUUUGGAACAGCUCUUGGCAUGAAGUAUGAGUUCGAAGAUAUGUUGUGGGAGUCACUUACUGACAGCUAUGCGAAAUCAGCUAUGGGACAGACAGCAGAGAAACUUGGAGCGAAGUACAAGGUUAGUUGCAGAAUAAAGUAUCGAAAUUUCCCUCAUCCAAACGAAAAAAAAGGCUAA